CUAUAGAGAGAAACAACUAAAAGAACGAACAAAAUUUCGAAUAGACCACAAAGGAAUGAAAUUGUAACUUUAAAAAUAAUCAGUCGCCAAAUUGCAGUGUAAUAUAGAAAACGUGAAAAUCAAAUCAAAGUUGUAACGGGAAAUUUAAGUGUUGGAAUAGAAAAUUUAAAAUAGCAGUGAAAUAAAAUUAAUAAAAAUAAUUUAAUAAUUUAAUUAAUAAAUUAAAAAUAAUAAUCGAUUGCAUACAAAAAAAUAAUCUCUUUAAUUAUUCAACAUACUAAAUAAAAGAGCUGUGAACAUAAAACAACAACAAAAAUAUUAACAAUUCACCUGCAAAAUGCCAGAACCAAGUUUUCUUACACUCUACUCGUUAACACCGGAACCACCGAAAAAAUCACCCAUCAUUAAAUUGUCAUGUGGCAUCGGUGAUACCGAUGGUUUUCCUGCGUUUGAUGUUGAUUCUGAUCAAUACGCCACCAAAGAUGACUCAACAUGGGGUUUCCUCAUUACGGGUGGCGCUGAAUUUCAUAUGCCACUAACCGUAUUUCAGGUAACACCCGACGGCUUAGCUGAUAAGGGUGGCAUUUGUUUGGGUGACAUUAUAUUGGAAAUCAACGAAGAGGACGCCACACAAUUGACUCUGUCCCAGGCUCACGAAAAAAUAGACGCCAGUGUCAAGAAAAUUCAAUUAAUGGUUAAAAGCAUGGAUGACGAAGAACCCAUGGAAGGCUAUGAGCCCGGAGAAGAAAGAUCAAUUGUGCUGAGGGUGCCAAAACCACCCCCACCUCCGAAAGAAUUUACCCCCACUCCAUUGCUAGGCUCCCGUUGUUGGCAUCCCAUUAUGUGGACAGAACCUCCACCACCACCCAAACCAAAGAAAAAGAAAACUAAAACUGAAAUCGAUGCAGACGGCAACGAAGUUAUAAUUGAAUUGAGCGAAGAUGAGUCUUCCGACGAUGAAGAGGAGGAGUUGCCACAUCAUCGUAUCGUACGGAAUAUCAGACGUUUCUUUGCCGAAGUCAAAGAUAAAGAUUUAAAAGCUCGCAUCACAGAGGACAUGUUGCUGGCAUUGCCUACAGCUUCCAAAGAUAAUUAGUUUUGAAUUUUCUUUUAAUUCAAAAUUGUUUACAAUUUUUUUUUAUUUAUUUAAUAAUUAACCUGUUAUACAUACAUAUAUACAUAUUUUAAAUACAAAUUUAUUAUUAUUUAGUUAAGUAGAUAAUGUUAGAAAAUAAUAAUAAAAAUAAAGAAAUAUUUUUCAAAAUACCUGAAAUUAAA